UUUUGGAAUUGAAGCAAAAAAAAAAAAAAAUGGUUUUACUACUCUUUCUUCUACCUAUCUCUCUUGUUUUGAUAUAUUGCUAUAUUCUUCCUAGCUUGAAACAUUCACAUACUUCUCCACCAGGCCCUCCAGGGCUCCCAAUCCUUGGAAACUUGCUUCAAUUUAGUAGCGCAGUGCCUCACACCUUCCUAUGGCAACUCUCACAAAAAUAUGGUCCCUUGAUGGGCAUGAAACUCGGUUCAAAGGAAGUUGUGGUGGUUUCCUCGGCAAAGAUGGCCAUGGAGGCCUUAAAAACACACGACUCGGCAUUUUCCAGUCGCCCAUCUUUCAUAGGCCAGCAAAGGCUGUCCUACAACGGCCUGGACAUUGCGUUUUCACCUUAUAAUGAUUACUGGAGAGAGAUCAGAAAGAUUUCUGUUCUUCAUCUCUUUGGGCUCAAUAGAGUGAAACAAUUCCACCCAAUCCGUGAAGAUGAAGUCUCCCGGAUGAUCAAUCGUAUAUCUGAGCUUGUCUUCUCGUCAGAGCAAAUAAACAUAAACGAGACGGCGACGGGUCUGACUAGGAGUAUAAUUUGUCGGGCGGCUUUUGGGAAGAGGUACGAUGAGGAAGGACAAGAAUCGAGGAGGUUUCACCGUCUUUUGUGUAAAGCUCAGGAAGUGUUGAUGGGAGGGUCGUUUGUUGCUGACUUUUUGCCAUGGUUUGGUUGGGUGGAUAAAAUCACUGGAAAGGCUGCCCUGCUUGAGAGCGUUUUCAAGGAACUUGAUUCGUUUUAUGAAGAACUGAUUAAGCAGCAUUUGAAUCCAGAUAGGCCAAAAUCAAUGGACGGUGACUUACUUGAUAUUUUGAUCAGUUUGAUGGAGGAGAAUUCGUCUUCAAUCAAAAUCACUUGGGAUAACAUCAAAGCAGUGUUAAUGAAUGUUUUUAUUGCUGGGACGGAUACAAGUUCAGCUGUUAUAAUUUGGACUAUGACGGCUUUGUUGAAAGAUCCAAGGGUGAUGAAUUUAGUCCAAUCAGAAAUUAGGAAUCUUGUGGGGAAGAAAGGCAAAGUAGAUGAAGAAGACAUUCAAAAACUACCAUACUUCAAGGCAGUCAUAAAAGAGUCCUUGAGGUUAUAUCCACCAUCUCCAAUCUUGGUUAACAGAGAAAGCCUUUCAAAAUGCACCAUUGAUAGGUAUGAAAUCAAGCCAAAAACACUAAUAAUCGUGAAUGCCUGGGCCAUUGCUAGGGAUCCCGAGUAUUGGAAAAAUUCAGACAAAUUUUAUCCUGAGAGAUUUCUUGAUAACAAUGUUGACUAUAAAGGGCAGAAUUUUGAAUUCAUUCCAUUUGGAGCUGGUCGAAGAACAUGUCCUGGAAUAACGCUAGGGGUUGCAUCUUCGGAGCUUGCACUUUCUAACCUUCUUUAUGCAUUUGAUUGGGAAUUGCCUUCUUGGCUGAAGAAAGAAGACGUUGACACCAAUGUUUUGCCUGGACUUACUAUGCAUAAGAAGACCCCUCUGUGCCUUAUUGCCAAAAAGGUAUGACUUGUGCUCAUUUGUAGAUCAACUUUGGAAUAGUCAAAUAAUAAAUAUUGUUACAUAAUCUCUCUUUAGUUAUUACUAUACACUUUUACGUUCUAUAUAUACUUUGUAAUGUACUGUAUAAAAUUGCACUUUUACUUUAAUUUGAUAAGGAGUAAUUUAUAGUCAAAUAAUUUUGUAUUA